CGUCUUGCCUUUUUCCUCUUCCUCAAGGUUCCUCCGCUCCCUUCAUGACCAGUCCAUUCUCUUGUAAUUGUCCCGUUACAUCUUCCUGACCGUCCCAUUGUAUCGGCAACGUUCUUCCAUUUCACAGCUAGAAUCCAACAUGCCUCCGGUCGAAGAUGAUCAGUACAGCGAUGCUCCCGACACGUUUGAGGACGAACGAUACGAUGAUCUUCCACGAGGCAUUGAGGAGGUUGAGGUUCGCAACGUAGAAUCGCCGCACAAAGCGAUUACGGAAGUCAUUACCGCCGAAGAGGACAAGGAGGAAACUAGGCCUUUACUUGAAUCUAGUCGUGGUGCUUCUUUGUCUACUACCGGGGAGGUAGAGCAGACUUCAGAUGCAGCUAGCGUCCAUAGCGUUCCUGCUGUACAGGUAACACAACAUCCGGACCCUCCUGAAACACAGCGUCGGCUACAGACGGCGUCGCCAUCUACCAGGUCUGCUCGCCCACCGCCGCCUUCCCCCGCUCGUAGUCACCACUCUGUGCGACCUAGUACAGCUUCAGAUGAUCGCAGAGUACGACGUCGGUCAAUAACAGAGGUUCGCGCUUCAAACCGUUUAUCUGGCUUUUUGAACAACCUCAUGCAUCGCCGUGAUCCUGUUGCACACACCGAUGACUCUAUCUCUGAAGAACGACCUUCCGCUCUACACGGCAAAAGCAACGACACUUCUCGACCACCGACACCUCCCGGACAGUCAAUGACACCUCCCCCCGAUCUUCCUCCUCCUUCUCUUCAAGAGCUUGGGCUGUCAUUGUCUGUGCUUACUUCUGAUCUUUCUCCUUCACACUUCAGCACUCCUCCUGCCAGUGGCGCAUUUCUUUCCCCCCACUAUCUCCUUCUUUGCCACGCCCAAGGAUUAGAUGUUCUUCCCCUCAUUUCACCUCCUGCGCCACAGCCCUAUGCACUCGUUCGUCGAGUGAGUUUUAAGAGUGUCGUCGUUAUGGAACAGCGUGGAGUGUUGGUUGCCAUAGCUGGUCGCCGGGAUGGUGUGAGGGUUUAUGCCCUAGAAGAGGUAAAGCGGGCAGUUGAAUGGCGAAUUGAGGUGGAGUUGCGCAGGGAACGCGAGAGACAACGUAGGGAGACUUCCAAAAAGCUUCCUUUAGGCGUCCGUGAAGUAGUGGAGUCUCGCGAUUCUGCUGAGAAACUUCGCAGGCCUUUUUCAUCUACGCCCCCACCAGGAGACCCUCAUUCCACGAAAGUGUCAAAUGGACAUUUUACUUCUCCGUCUCCUGCAGUCCCACUCAUACCGCGUACCCCAACUACUCACAGACGCCAGAGGACGCGAACGCCAUCUGUACCCUCCCCGGUGCCAUCUGGGCAACCUCCUCCUUACACUUCUCCAUCACCGGAACGAUUAGCCAGCCAAGUCGCUAAUCUAUCUCCUCCUCAUCCUCGUUCACGGGGUACCUCUGUUUCUGAAGUUUUGACAGCCGGUUCUAUUCGGCGCAACACGAAUGCCACAGUACGACCCGAGAAUCCGGACGCCAAAGCUGACUGGGUCGAGUCGAGCGAUGAUGAAGCCAUCAGUUUAGUAGCUGCCGGUUCCAGUGGCAGUCAGGCCCUCGAUGAACGCACAAGUGCUGCAGCUCAGACUUCGUCGACUAUUCCGUUGCAUACCACCCCGCGACACCCCCGCCCAAUGUCUAUGUCAAGAAGUAAUCGACCUGCAAAUCUGGAUUUGAGUCUAUCCCGCUCUAAUACAGUGGUGCCUCCUGAACCUUCUCCUGCUCCCACCCUUCUAACUUUGCGACAGGCUCUGUCCCAUUCGCCAUCCAGAGAACCCCAUGCCCGCUUACCAAGUACGCCAUUGGGUGAUGACGACGACGACGACGCAGAUGGAAUCAGUCUGAGCCAAGUACUACAAGAGAGCCGUAUACCUGAUCUCCCCCCUCCCGGAUCCAGGCAACCCCAGCAACCCAUACUGAUUUCUUCAUCUCAUCCUGUCACUGCAGGAGAUGACGAACCCUCCAGUCCUCGAACAUCUGAUGCUCACUCUUCGGUCUCUGUUAGAAGCGUCAAUGACAGGUCGCUUCCUGGGCGCCGACGCCGGUGGUCGGUAAUUAUGAACCAAUCGAAUGAAUCAGAUUUGGCCAAUGAACAACAGCGUUCCACGGCGCCGAUGAGAGAGCGCCUACCAAACCUCUUAACGCGGUCCACAUCUUUUCGUUCCAAUCGAUCUGCUUCGGGGAUGAGACCUUCAUCUCCCAACGAUGCAUCAUCUCUCCCUAACCUCAAUAUACCACCGCCAAUGCCUGAUUCAGCCUCUUCCGCGGUGUCUUCACACUCUUCGCGGACAUCACGCUUCAUACCCAGAAUACUUAGCAACGCUUUUCAUCAUAAACGAUCAGACGAGAGGCCGUCGUCACCGUCAGGAAUCACCGACGAGAGUUCCAAGCGGGCACAGGGAGCACCUCUAGUGGCCCAAUCACCGCCUCCCAAACUGGAAUAUGUCAAACUUCCCGGCACCAAAGGAGCCCUAUUAGUCAAAGCCGUAGAGACUGCUAAGAAAAGUUUUUUGGCGAUACUGUGCGGAGACAAUGGCGAACGAGUCGAACUAUUUGCUGGAACAUACCGAACAGCUCUGGGUCUGUCCAGAACUUUCAUUCUCCCUGAUUCUCCUCGAUCACUGGAACUUCAACUACAAGGCGAUGACCUGGUUGAGGUCUUCCUGGUGUUCUCGCAAAAUGUUUUUGGUUUGGAACCCGCAACCGUUCGGGUUCGAGAGGUUCGUAUUGGACGCGCUGAGCGGCGGGCGGCGAGGCGGCGGGCUCGUGAAGUAAGAGCGACUGAUGCAGGAGCCAAUGAGUCUGAACCUCAACUUGGGGAGGAAGAUACCAAUGUCAAUGUCAGCAUUGGUGUCUCGGUAGCUGUUGGUUCUACUGUCGUCGCCACGGGUUCUGGUCCUGAUGGUCAACAGACUCCUCCUCUGAUCUCAAGCCAGCAUCCAAUAGAUAGGCGAACGCCUUCAGAGUCAGCAACGGAACGGCCGUCGACUCCUCCUGAAACAACAACAACCUCAACCGUCGUGCAUCCCGAGGAAAUUGUCGCUCUUGCAACUGCACAAAUGGGACCAUAUACCACGUUCCAACAAUUGUCGUUUGCUCCAAAGUUCCCACUUGCAUCCAUCGCCGAUGAAUAUGUCAUUCCUCCGACGUAUCCGGAAUUUAUUGACUAUCGUAAUGUGCACGAGCCAGAAAUGGGGAGUGGGUCUGACCUCUCACAAGUUCAAUUCUCCCCGCCUGGUUUGCCAAUUCCAACGCCAUCUGCUCCACCGAAGUGGUAUUACCGGGACCCGAAGAACGUUGUUCAUGGACCGUGGAAGGCCUCCUUAAUGCAAGGGUGGUAUAAGGAUGGUUUAUUACCUCCUGAUCUACCAGUUCGUCGAGAGGAGGAUUCGGAUUUCAUGCUCCUCAAGGACUUGAGAUUACAGAGUGUUGAUCCUACUCACCCAUUCCGGACCGUCCCUCCUAUCUCGCCUCCUCCUUUAUUCCAACCUUCUGACAAGCCUCUGCUUAAACCUAUAUCACUACUUUCCCAACCCCGCCAUUUUGGUCCUCCUGCACUCUUCUUUUCUUCACGGGGUGGGCAUAGCACCACAAUCGUUGAUAAUCGCGGACGAUCUGUUUUGAAGGGACGCUUUGUCUGGAGCAAAGAUACUCAGGAAGAUUCAAAGCAUUCGGCGCCAUCUAGAAUGGGUGAUGUGAAACGUCUGGAAGCUUUUGAUGUCAAAGACCGUUCGGUACUUGUGGCUAUGCGUCAAGGUGGGCUCGAAGCAGUCGAUCUCAGUGAUGCCUUGUUGAAACCUGGGGAUGAGUCGCGCACGGCCUUGCCCCAAUACAACCCUUCGCCAUCCAAUUUUAAUCGGCGCGAGCCUUUCGUUUGGAAGAUUGGCACGCCCAUUUCAGGAUCUUCAUCAGCAGUCCUCCCGGUGAAACCCAAAAUUUCUCACAGCCACCACACAUCAGGAAAGAAGACCAGUUCUGGUCCAUCGAAGUCGCCGGCAGGGCGAACGGAAUUCAAUGUUGGGCAUGUGGAGAGUGAAAUGAAUGAUGAGGUUCUGUUUUUGGGCAGAAAGGAUGACGAAAUUUAUAUUUGCGAACGAAAUGCGGGUUCUUUCCGAAUCCUACGACUUUGUCCUAACGUCUAACUAGCGGACAUGGAGAGCACAGUACUCAGUAUAUUACUAGCAUUUCAUUUUGUAUGAUUAUUUUCAUCAUUUUCUAAAGCAUGAAUUGUUUCUAAUUCUAUAUUUGGGUAAAGUCCCAUCACGUG